CAAGUAUGAUAUGCCUUGGCCGUUCUCAGUCCGUGCUGGGUGCUCAUACCUCACACAUUCGCCUGUGAAAGAUACAUCUCCCCUAAAUUUCCAACAAAAGGUCGAUUCAGAGUAACACAAUGGCAUUCUUCGACGUAAUAUCUAUGGUCACAUUGUUCUCAUUAGGAUGUCUGAUUCAUGGUACUAGUGGCGAUUUUGAAUGUAUAAAAUGUGAAUACGACGAGUCUUGGGCUAGUAUUUUUUCAGACUACGACUGUGUCACUAACCCGGGGUCCAUGGAGACGGCCACUUGUUCUACAACGUGCUAUACGUGGGCAUACUACAGUGAAGACCUGUUUGGUCAGUAUGAUUUGAAGGUGGAACGAGGCUGUGCGUCUUUGGAACAGAACAGCACGUGGUCUGCUAACCAAUGUGACGAGUACGAUGACGUAGAUUCCUCGGAGAGCGCCUAUGUAUGUACAUGUGAUUACGAGGACAGCUGUAAUGCCGAUGACUCGGAUUAUCACCAGUGCUACUACUGUGAAACCAAAGUCAAUGACUACACAUGUAAAAACGACUUAGUAAAUAACCACGAGCCAAUAGCGUGCCUCACUGGACAUUCUGGAUGUGGUACUAGAACUGUAGCCUACAACACAUGGCUGUUCACCGAUGCUGCCGAAAGAUACUGUACUGACGAAGAAACUACCGACGCCGAUGGUGAUUGCACGACCGAUAAUUCGGGAUUUGAGACCUGUCUCUACUACUGUUCCGGAAAUGCAUGCAAUGACAUUGAAAACAUCGCCAGUAGAUCCACUAUCCCAACCACAUUGAUAUUUACCUAGAUUAUAGCAUCCCUUGUACCCUGGUGAAAUCACUGCUAACCUGAGCGAUAAGCGAGUAACCUUAGUCGCUCUCAACACACGGUAGUAUAGAAAAGUCGCCUGGUUAUUUCCCCCGAUUAUUUUGUACUUGUUAAUUAGUUCGACUUGUAUACAGUCUCUUUUUUAAUUCUUGGUGAUUUUUUUUCAUUUAAAUAAAAUAUUAUGGGAGCGUGUAAACGGCGAAAGCCGGGUUACCGCCGCGAAAGCCUGCUUACCGAGAAAUAAACAAAAUAACCAUAAACAUCAUGAAUGUAUAUUUCGCAGUAACCCGGCGUUCGACAUUUAUAUACUCUCAUUAACAUACAAAUCAUUAUUGUAUACUUUCGCACUUUUGUGGAUUUGGCAAUGGAUUUCUCCCUGAGACUUGAUACAUUCUUUUUUUUAUUCAUAGUCAGGUUUUUCGUGCUGAACUUCAUGCUCAAACCAAAACGAAUGUUGCAAUGAAGAUAAUGUCUGUAACUGUUCCAAUAAAGUUGUAUUGUAUGCUUACGUGAAAUUCUAACAGGGCUGCGCAGCGACCACCGCCCUUUAAAGUUGACGGGUCGAAUUAACUUCGAAAUGUAUAGUCCUGUUACCAGUGUAUCGUCGAAACAGUCUAAAAUAUUGAGGCUCCCAUAAUUACGGUUACUAACCAAUCACGUAGCCUAUCAUAGUCACGUGAGGUACGCCUUAUACCCAUUGGUGGAAUUUGUUGUGGACUAUUCUAUUCAUACCAAGGGGUGUAAACCAUAAAUGAAUUAAUAACUGAAA